GGUGAGACUUGUUGCUGUUACUAGAAAUAUAUAUAUAUAGGAGGACUGGAUCAGUACAUACAGAAUGAACACAUUACGAUUAUCAAAUUCUUUUAUCUUUCCUUCCAGUAAGUACUCCCUCUUCAUGUACGCUGUACCCACUACCCAAUAGCUUUCUCCUCCUUUUAGGCUCUCUUUGUUUCAUUUUUUUCUAUGAUUUUUUUAAAUUAAUUUAUUAAUAAUUGUCUCAUCUCAACAUAUUUUUUUUUUAUAUUUUCAAUAAUUCAUUUUACAUUUUUUAUUACAAAGAACACGUACUAAAAAUCUCUCUUUUUUUCCCUUUAUUAUUAAUAUUGUUAUUAGUACUAGACUAAUAGUAGUAGUAGCAGUACUUGUAUUUUUUUAUUUUUUUUUUAAUUAGGCUCUACGGCACCCCUCCUCCCUUUUAGACUUUUUUGUUUUCCAAAAGUUCAAAGUUCAAACUACUACUACUCAAACUUCUCCUUCCUCCUUUUCACACUAAUUAUUUAAUUAUUGCAACUUGUGUGGCUUCAAACAUAUUAUUAGUAUAUUAUUGGCUUUUUCCCAGUUCUUUCUGUGUUUUGUAGUAUUUUCUCAUUACAGUUACCUGUCUCCUUUUCUUCCUCUUCCUCUUCCCCUUCCCCCCAGUUCAUUUGAAACAGAGUUGGAAGUUGGAACAGGGGAGGGAACCCCAUUAUGAUUUCUUUUUCUUAAUUAUAUAUAAACAGUGUUUUCCUAGUAAAAUUAUACUACUCCACAAUAUGUUACUCCUAAUUAACUUGAUUCCUCGAGUUGACUGCUGCCCCCGUUACUACUGCUGAUCAUCAUUUCGUUCUUCAUCAUCAUUAUUAUUAUUAUUAUUUCAAUUAUUUAUUCCCCACACACAUCCACACACACACCGCGUAUAUAUUCUAAUAUUCAAAAAGUGGUGCUCUGUUUCCAGUUCCACUUCCAGAGAGAGAUCAACCAGAUCGUGGGUUGGGUGCUCUGUUGUUUUGCUGCCUUUUUCUUCUUCUUCCUCCUCUCUCCAGGUAUAUUCCUCCAUCCUCUUCUCCCUUUUCAGAUUACUGACCACCUCCUAUAUACUUCAUUCCCAACUGUUUCUUUUUCUUUUUUCUUUUUUUUCCUUUUUUCUUUUUUUUUAUAAAUCAUACUUCAAACUUCAACCUUCAACCUAAUACUUCCAUUGGUAGCUAAUUCCCCCACCACCACCACAGGAGCAUAUAAAUAUGGUGGAUGUAGAGGAGGAAGGUGGCCGACCUGGUCCAAGCGGGUCCCACCAAUCGAGCAAUGUGGUUGCCGUGACGGCUUCUCCUUCCCCGUUACUGGAUGCCGAUGCUAAGGAAGCCAUGAAAAAGGAGGACAAGGACAAGGAUGAGCCCACCAAGACUGUCCCUUUUCUCAAACUUUUCUACUUUGCAGAUUCUUUUGACAAGCUUUUGAUGAUCGUUGGCGCAAUUGCUGCUAUCGGGAAUGGCCUCUGCCUUCCCCUUAUGACCGUCUUGUUUGGUGAAUUGAUUGAUUCUUUCGGAGAAACUGUCGAUAUCAAUCAAGUUGUUGGGCAAGUUUCUAAGGUCUCCCUAAAAUUUGUUUACUUGGCUCUUGGUGCUGGUGCAGCUGGAUUUCUUCAGGUGUCUUGUUGGAUGAUCACGGGCGAGAGGCAGGCUGCUCGGAUUAGGAACCUUUAUCUGAAAACAAUUUUGCGCCAAGAGAUUAGUUUCUUCGACUUGGAAACCAAUACUGGGGAAGUUGUUGGCAGGAUGUCUGGCGACACCGUUCUCAUACAAGAUGCAAUGGGAGAGAAGGUCGGAAAAUUUAUACAGCUAGUAUCGACAUUUGUUGGAGGAUUUGUGAUCGCAUUUAUCAAGGGAUGGCUCCUUACGCUUGUCCUCUUGUCUUCCAUUCCUCCGCUUGUUAUAGCUGGUGGACUUAUGGCCCUCGUUAUAUCUCGGAUGGCUUCCCGUGGACAAAAUGCUUAUGCUCAAGCAUCCAUUGUAGUUGAGCAGACCAUUGGCUCUAUUAGAACAGUGGCAUCAUUUACUGGAGAAAAGCUGGCUGUCGCAUCUUUCAAAAAAUCCCUGGAAAAAGCUUAUAAAUCGAGUGUCCAAGAGUCGAUAGCUGUUGGCCUAGGUUUUGGAACAGUUUUUGGCAUUGUCUUUUUCAGUUAUGGUUUGGCAAUUUGGUUCGGGGCGAGGUUGAUUGCUGAAGGAAAGCAUACAGGUGGCGAGAUUCUUAAUGUAAUCAUUGCUGUUCUAACUGGUUCCAUGUCUCUGGGGCAGGCAUCUCCUUGCCUGACUGCAUUUGCUGCUGGUCGUGCUGCGGCUUACAAGAUGUUUGAAACGAUAAAUAGGAAACCAGAGAUAGAUGCAUCUGAUACGCGGGGAAAGAUAUUGGAAGACAUUCGUGGGGAUAUCGAGUUAAAGGAUGUGUACUUUAGUUAUCCUGCCAGACCAGAUGAACAAAUUUUCACUGGGUUUUCAUUGUUCAUACCGAGUGGAACUACAGCAGCUUUGGUUGGACAGAGUGGAAGUGGUAAAUCAACGGUCAUUAGCUUGGUCGAAAGAUUCUAUGACCCCCAAGCUGGAGAAGUUCUCAUUGAUGGAAUAAGUCUCAAGGAAUUCCAGCUCAAGUGGAUCAGGGAAAAGAUAGGCCUUGUUAGCCAGGAGCCAGUACUUUUCACAGCCAGCAUUAAGGAUAAUAUCGCAUAUGGAAAGGAAGGAGCCACCACCGAAGAAAUUAAAGCAGCAACGGAGCUGGCAAAUGCAGCUAAGUUCAUUGACAAGUUGCCUAAGGUUUCUGCUUAAACUUUCACCUCUUUAUUUGUAUAUCACCAAAAACACGUGCAGACCCUUGUGAAUAUUCCUGUUCAUUUUUCGGUUUUGUAAUUAUGCAAUGCAGGGACUGGACACGUUGGUUGGA